AUGUUCAAGGAUAUUUUUAAUCCCAACCCAGACUUUCCAGAUGAGGUGCAUGGGAACUUCUGAGAGUCAGAGCUACAGAGCCUGAUUAGAUUAGAAUCUUCAGUGACUCUCUGUAAUAAUGACUUUGAGUUUAGGAACAGUGUGAAUCAGUCAUGAGACACUUUCUUGAAGAAAUCUAGUAUUUUGCAAAAUGAUACCAAACUUGCUGACCAAGGCCUGAGUAAUUUAGAGUUUACUAAACCAAACUCUCAAUUCCUUUUAAACGAAGGAUUAAUUGCUGAAGAAGCUCAGUGCGAAGAAAGUUACUUUACUAUCCCUCGAAGCAAUCUUUUCAAAGAGUACUUUGAUGGGCUCCGUUCUGAAGAACAUGACAGAGAUAAUUCUAAAGAAAACCAUAUGCAUGUAGAUUUAGAUUCAAAAGUUAGGGCUGAAAGCUCAGAUUUUGAGCAGAUGCUUUAUGAAGAGGACUCAAAUAUCCCUGAGAAGAAAGAGUUCAGUCAAACAUAUGUUGACUUUUUGGACAAGCCUGAACCCAAACCAGAUCUCUGGGCACCAACUAAAGGUAUGAGAUGGAGCAAGCAGGAUGAUAUCGAGUUAUUCAGACUUUUCAGGAUGUGCGAAGACCAAGGCCUUCUCACUCUUAAUGAGAUAAAGCACUUUGACAGCUCAACUAAGGUGAGCAAAGUCCCAGCUAUGCAGAUGAUUAAGGAGACCCUUGGAUGCAGGCAAUCCUGUAGAUUUCUUGCAAAUAGGAUUAAAAUCAAGAUGAAAGAUUCCUUCUCUAUCAGGGAAACUAGGCUACUUAAGAGGCUUAUUAAGAAAUAUAAUUAUGAUGAUAUUCCUCACUUAGAAUUGCUAGAACAUUUUGCAGGAAAAACUCUUGAAGGGAUGCAAAAUGCUUGUGCAAAUUUGUGAACAAAUAAGAAGCAAAAGAGAUUGAGAAAGGUCAAACAAGCUUAA